AUGGAUUCGGACGCCAAGUCGCAGCACAGCGCUGCCUCCACAGUUGGUGGGUCGAGUGGAAUGGUGGUUGACGGUGUCGUUUUCUUGAGGAUCAGGCAGUGCGUGACUUGCGGGCGCAAGAACUGCGACCCCAACGAAAUGACAAUUGAGAAGGCAGAGCGGUUCACGCAGUGGCACCGCGGCAGCAGCACCGACCCAAACAGCAAGUACUGCCGUUUGUGCCACCUGACACACUUUCAUGGAGGCUUUUCAGAGCAAGGUGCCAGUGUGGAAGACAUCGCAGUGCAGAUGCGAAAGGACGCCCAGUUGAAUGCCGAGUUCCUCGAGGCCCGUGCAGAGAUGCUUGCUUUGGUCAAUGAGGGCAGAGUGCGUUUCAGAGGCACGACAGCAAACUCUGCUAAAAAGAGGCUGCAAGAAGUGCGCCAAAAGGUGACGGAAGAAUUCAAAGUAAGUGAGCAAGAGCUCGUGACAGCGUACGUGGCCUACGAAAGAAGCAAGUUCGAGACAGACUUCCCUGGCCGCAUCGAGCAGCAAAACUUGAGGACGACGUGGAAGUACAUCGACGGACAGCGGCGGGAAGUCGUCCUUGUGAGGAAGCGUGCUGAUGGUGAGUGGGACUUGAACAUCAAGGAGCGCGCUGGUGUUGCCCAAAAGGAACAAGUGGACAACUCUGACUUGCAGAUCAGCGCCAAGCAGCAUUUGCGGAAGUACGAGGGUUCCAAGAAGCGGUUGUUUCAGCAAGUGGAGGGGAAAACCAACAGCGUUGCGGCAGCCCUUGAAGGACCAACACCUAACAAGGAGACGCCGGCUGUCAACCCGAACCCAGCAGAGGAAGGGAGUGACUCGUCUGACGACGGGUUAGCUCGCCGCUCUUCGCUGUUUGAAGACGCAGCCAGCCCGCCCAAGAAGAGAACAGGAACAGGUUCCGGGCCGGCAGGCCCAAGUGCUGGAAGGACCCACUCAACACGAGCUGCACCAAACCCCGGCGGGCCUGGCCAAAGCAGCACCGUCACACCGAGCAAGAACGCGAAGGCGGCCGCUGCAGCGGAUGCCCCAACCGCGGCCAAACCACGUGGGACUACGGCUGCGACCCAGGCCACGGCGAAUGCAUCGCCAGAGCUGGCUGAGCGUGGGCGCCCCAACAAGUUCAAGGGCAAAUCCAACGUCGAGGUGUUGGAGAACAAUGGCUUGCUGGACGUCAAGCGCUUGCAGGGCCAAACGAAGCUUGCCUAG